CGCAUACCUCUCUUGCCCGUUCUCUCUGUCUUCUCCCUCCCACUUUGGGCUUCUGAGCAAGAGCGCCUCACUGGCAAAGCGCUCCUGCCUCUCUUUCUCUCUUUCUCUCUUUCUCUCUCUCUCUCUCUCUCUCUCUCUCUCUCCCCUCUCUCUUGCAUACUCUAUACCUCUGGCACACCGCACUAUCUUGCUCACUCGUUCAGCACACGGGGUGGAUUCUUCAUAACCAGUUGUAGCUUAAUGUGAUCCUCCCUUCUGAUUAUUCAUCAUUUCAUUGAUGUUCUCCUUUUUUUCUUUUUUUGGGGGGGUUUCACAUCUUGUCUUCUGUAUUAAAUGUAUCCGCUGCCGAUGUAACAGUCGCCAGUGUUUGGGUGCUCCCAAGGUGUAGAGGGAAAAUAACUUUUGUAGUCUUCUUUUGAAUCCAGAUACUUUGGAUGUUUUUUUUUUGCUCAGUGACUAGUCAACAAUGGAGGGAUUUUUGUUAUUGUAGUGGAUGACUCAUUGAAAUGAUUCUACCCCCUCUGUACUGCUGGAUAUAGAUUUUUCAUUUUCCUUUUGUUCUACCUGCUUUUUUCACUUCUCAACAACUCUGAAGAAUCUACUUUAGAGUGUGACAUUUUUUGCAAGUGCAAACUUUGGAGGAGUGAGACAGCAUGGCUGAUGGACGCACAGCUGAUUGUUAAACUCUUCUGUCCUGCGAGGCACUCCCAGAUAUGACCACGGUGUCCAUGGAGCCAAUGGGAGUCUUUGUGGAAAGAGGAGCCAACGCCACCGAAACACCACUGAGCACGCAUGAGUACACAGCCGCAACCUUUACCAUCGGAACCAUCCUCUCCCUCAUGUGCUUCGUUGGAGUUUCAGGGAACAUCUACACCCUGGUUGUCAUGUGCCACUCCAUGAGGACUGCAGCCUCCAUGUACAUCUACAUCAUAAACCUAGCUUUGGCAGAUCUGCUGUAUCUUCUCACCAUACCCUUUGUAGUCUGCACACAUUUCCUGAAAGGCUGGUACUUUGGAGAUGCAGGGUGUCGGAUUUUGAUCAGCAUGGACUUCCUGACCAUGCACGCUAGUAUCUUCACCCUGACAAUCAUGAGCACCGAGCGUUACUUUGCUGUCCUCAAGCCACUCGACACAGUGAAGCGGUCCAAAAGUUACCGGAAGGCCAUUGCAGUGCUGGUCUGGGUUGCAUCUCUAAUCCUUACCCUGCCAAUGAUUGUGAGCAUUCAGCUGAUGACAGUGGGAAAGAAGGCUAUGUGUCAGCCCACAUUGUCGCCACUCUCCUACAAGGUUUACAUCUCCUUCUUGUUUUGCACUAGCAUUGUCGCUCCUGGACUGAUCAUCGGCUAUCUCUACAUCCAGCUUGCACGCACUUAUUGGAUUUCACAGACUGAGACGUUCAAACAGACAAAGAAACUACCCAAUCAAAAAGUGCUGUACCUCAUCUUCACCAUUGUACUCCUGUUCUGGGCAUGCUUCCUGCCCUUCUGGAUCUGGCAGCUGCUGGGUCAGUUCCAGCCAUCACUGCCCCUGUCAAAUAGAGCCAAACGCAACAUCAACUACCUGACAACGUGUCUGACGUAUUCUAACAGCUGCAUCAACCCCUUUCUGUACACGCUGCUCACCAAGAACUACAAGGAGUACCUGAGGAAGAACAAGCGGUCAUGGUCAGCUGGUAGCUACUUCAACCGGAGGAGUCGCUUUCAGCGUUCACCGCGCAGGUCGCCAUCUUCCAGCAGUCAACAGUGUACGGAGAGCUUUAUGCUCACGCACACAGCUUCUCUGCGAGCACAUAACAGCAGUUUGUAAGAUGUGGCUGAGAUGUGCUGGAAGAGAAAGAAAAGAAAAUCUAGAUGCUUUUUAGAGGAACCCAAACACAAGUAGACAUCGACCUCCUUCUCAUCACACACAACUGGAAGACAAGAUGCCCAUCGAACCCACUUCGGUAUUUGCAUUUCAAUGCAAGUGGACCAGCACCAAACUGCUGGUUUAAACCACGGGCCGAACCAAUCGCCUUCACGUCUGCAUUUAAUUGUCACUCUCAGAACUUCCCGUGGCAUGAGGAGAAAGAUCAGCUUCUUACAUAACAAAGAUUUUGACUUUUGUGCGUUCUCAGCAGCCGGGCAAUGCUGACGCUAGUGUGAGUUAAGGGCAAUGUUAUAGAGUGUGUAUACAGUGGUUUGAUUUGCAAAACUAAACAAAAGGAAAUUAUUUUGUGGAAGUGAAGAAAACAAACGUGACUUGCAGGUGAUAUUUUAAUUUUUUGACACGGUUGUACAGGUGGAAAUAUUCUUUAUUACCAUGAGGUUGGAUGGUGUAUUUUUUUAUCUAGUAACCCACAAAUACGAUUAUAUUUCAAGUUAAUUCAUAUAUGAGAGAAGUUACUGAUAUAUUUAAUCUUUACAUAUUUGAAUUUCUUUACAUGCCGCUAUUUCAUAUUAUUAUGCUUAAAU